GUCAACACUUUGGGCACCAAACCCCUCAUAUCUAACCCCUCAGAUCGAGAUAUCGACUUUUAACACCAAGCAUUUGAGCCUCUGCCUACGAGAAGCGAUCGGUAUCAAACACUUCAUCUACGCUAUUAAACAGGCAAUACGCAAUAUCCGCCGUACGGGUAUACUAGUACCAUUCUCAGUUGUAGCCGUACAAGCUCCUCUCCUGGUAGCCGAACCUUGAUUACCAUGGACGUUAAUGAAGGCAUUUCUUUGGCGGUAUGGACCACUGUCUUAUGUCUUGUCUGUGCGACCGCCGCUUGGCUUUGGUUCUAUGCGCCAGCGGGUUCCGGUACCGCACCGUCGUCUCUAGCGAAGCCUGCUUCAGAUUAUACACGAUCCACGCAGCGAGGCGUCCAUCUCAAUCAAGUCAACAAGGACAAUGGAGACACCGACAUUGACAUCAUUGCUAUCCAUGGCCUCGAUACAAAAUCACCGGAUACGUGGACAUGGCGGGAUCACAAGGAUCCCAACGUCAGCGUCAAUUGGCUAGCCGAUUUGCUCCCGGUCGACGAAGGAAAGGCACGUAUCUUUACAUUGGACUGGCCUGCCGACCUACUUCAACCGUCAGAUUUAGUCCCGAAGUUUGAUGGCGAGAUCGUUACGCUCCUAAUUGAUGGCAUCAACAGAGAACUCUUGGCAAAGAAUAAGACAAGAGACAGACCGAUCCUCUUUAUCGCUUCUUGUCUUGGGGGGAUCAUCUUAAUGAGGGCUCUCACAACCGCCGCCGAUCAUGAAUGCACCACGAGCUGUUAUUGCCUCAGCAAAGCAACACGUGGCAUUAUCUUCCUCGCUACCCCGUUUCGAGGGACUUCGUUCGAAGAUGUAGCGUUCUGGGCAGAUCCAGGUCUGACCGCAUGGGCAUUCAUCUACGGCCGAACAGUGAGCAAGCUACUCGACAGUGUGAAGGGUUCGACCUCUGAUCUUGAAACACUCGUAUCCGAAUUCACACAAUUGUGUCAGCAUCCGAACUGGCCCUUUCUAGUAUUCAACUUUUAUGAACUUGGAAGGACGAGUUUGUGGCGCAAGUUAUUCCCUUGGCUACCGGGUUUGUUCUUCAAAGGAAAACCGCUAGUUGAUAGUUCCUCAGCAAGACUAGACAUUGUUCGAAAUCCAUUACCACUCAGUCGGCCCCAUGUUCUGAUGAAUAAGUUCGACAGCAAUAAAUGCGCUGAUUACAAGCUUGUUGCUGGAAAAAUUGAAGAAUUUGUUGAGAAGAUCCGUAAUGGAACGCCUCUCAAGCAAGCAGAUGCUUGGAUACAUGAGAAAGUCUAUACGAAGAAAAGGCUUAACAUUGAACGGCUCUCAGGCAAGUCACUGUCGAUGGAUCAGUGUUACAUCAACCUUUCCAUUAUAGAGUGGACUGGCGAAAACAAAGACCGUUCGGAAAAGCAAACAAAAACGGAGUUGACGUCGCGAUAUUCCCCGUUUUCACUCAACACUCGAUUGAAAGUGGAAACGCCAAAUGCAACAAUUCAAGUCGACUUACCAUCGCUCUUCAAGGAACGCGAAGAACCUGACGGUCGCAAGAUAGGUCGCAAGAUACAACCAAGACGAAUAUUGAUUCGAGGACGCGCUGGAGUAGGGAAGACUACUCUGUGUAAGAAGAUUGUCUAUUCAUUCAUGCAUGGCGAAUUGCCCAAAUGGACUGAAUUAUUCGACCGCGUACUCUGGGUACCUCUACGGAAUCUGAAGCUGGAAGACAGACGCCGGGCUGAUUACCGCUUUACCGACCUCUUUAUUCAUGAAUAUUUCUCCAUGUCGAAUUGCAGAGAGGACCUUGCCCAAGCAUUAUACAACACAUUGCUCGAUACACCGGAGAAGAGGAGCAGGACUUUAUUUCUCCUUGAUGGCCUAGAUGAGGUAUCGCAAGGCUUGAGCGAAGGCGGUAUGUCUAGCUUCCUUGAUGUGUUGCUAGAUCAGCCGAACGUCAUCAUCACCUCCCGGCCGUACGGCAAGCCUCUGGCUGGCCUGCAUCUCGAAUUGGAAACGAUCGGGUUCUAUCCAAACCAAGUGGAGGCUUAUAUCAACAAGGUUUUCACCGAAUACUCAGACACAGCUGUCCGCGUUCAGUCAUUCCUAAAAGCUCGCAGCCUUCUCCAAGGCCUUAUGCGGAUCCCAAUCCAGCUAGAUGCGCUUUGUUUCGCCUGGAACGGAAGUAUUAAUUCCAGCUCGGAACUUAACACCAUGACGGAUGUUUACCAAGCCAUCGAUCAAAGUCUAUGGAAGAAGGAUAUCCUACGGUUAGGAAAGAAGCACGACAACGAGCUAGUGGAAGCAGCUUACAUUCAAGAGUCUGGUUGGACCGAAAUUGAAAAUCUCGUUUCAACCGAGAUUUUGUUUCUAGAGAUCCUUGCUUUUACUGGGUUGCAAAAUGAUACAAUUGAAUUCGACUCAACACAUCUCGGCCAAAUAUUGCACCACUUUGACGACAUCUUACCCGGUUUCUUACCCAGUAAGACCAUGCCGCACCUCUCCUUUCUCCGAACAUCAGAUUUGAUGGAAACCAGCCACCGAACCUAUCACUUUCUACAUCUGACCUACCAAGAGUACUUUGCGGCUAGGUAUUUUGUACGGCAAUGGAAGGCUAACAAGCGCCUCAAAUGCCUAGCACUCAAUGGUCAGAAGAAUGAAAAUCCUACUCCCAUCGAGGCUAUCCAGUUUCUUGGCGAGAACAAAUACACAGCCCGUUACGACAUCCUAUGGCGCUUUGUUGCCGGCUUGCUUAAUGCCGAGGGCAAGGCAGAGAAGUUCUUCCAAGCGAUCGAGGACGAACCGCAUGAUUUGUUAGGUCCUACGCACCAACGGCUGGUUAUGCAUUGUUUGAGCGAAGUGUCGACGGAGAUGUCACUGCGAAAGAGGCUGGAAGUCAAGCUAAAAGAGUGGCUACUCUUUGAAUACAAAUUCACAGGCAAAACACGUCUAGCAAGCGAGGUGGAAUUUCCAGAAUCAGCUUUAUUGGACACCCUGCAGGAAGUAGGGAUCUAUGAAAAGAUCAGAAUUUUGAAGUGGGUAGCAACACGACCAAUGAUCCCGCCACCCAUCGUCAUUCUGGUUACUUCUUGGCUAGAAGACGGCGAAUUUAUAACCGGGAAAAAGGAUAUCUUACUUGCGUUGCAAGCCCAGUCCAGCUUAUCCGACAAGCUCCUUACGGCUGCAGUAGCAUGUCUAGAAGACGAGGACUGGAGUGUUAGAAAGGCUGCCUUAGGUGUCUUGCAAGCCCAGUCCAGCUUAUCCGACGAGCGCCUUACGGCUGCAGUAGCAUGUCUAGGAGACAAGAAUGGGGAUGUUAGAGAGGUUGCCUUAGGUGUCUUGCAAGCCCAGUCUAGCUUAUCCGACGAGCUCCUUACGGCUGUAGUAGCAUGUCUAGAAGACGAGGACUGGAUUGUUAGAGAGGAUGCCUUAGGUGUCUUGCAAGCUCAGUCCAGUUUAUCCGACGAGCUCCUUACGGCUGUAGUAGCACGCCUAGAAGACGAGGACUGGAGUGUUAGAAAGGCUGCCUUAGGUGUCUUGCAAGCCCAGUCCAGCUUAUCCGACGAGCUCCUUACGGCUGUAGUAGCACGUCUAGAAGACGAGGACUGGAGUGUUAGAUGGGCUGCCUUAGAUAUCUUACAAGCCCAAUCUAACUUAUCCGACGAGCUCCUUACGGCUGUAGUAGCACGUCUAGAAGACGAGGACUGGAGUGUUAGAUGGGCUGCCUUAGAUAUCUUGCAAGCCCAAUCUAACUUAUCCGACGAGCGCCUUACGGCUGUAGUAGCACGUCUAGAAGACGAGGACUGGAGUGUUAGAAAGGCUGCCUUACGUGUCUUGCAAGCCCAGUCCAGCUUAUCCGACGAGCUCCUUACGGCUGCAGUAGCACGUCUAGAAGACAAUAACUGGGAUGUUAGAAAGGCUACCUUAGGUGUCUUGCAAGCUCAGUCCAGUUUAUCUGACGACCUUCUUAAUGGGCCGUUUGUUGAACCAUUAUUCAAAUUUCUCUUGCGAGGUAGCUUUGAUGAGCAGUGGAGUUGGUAUGUUAUAAAGGAGAGAUCUUACGUUAACAUGCCAGAAUGGGUCGGAAUUACUAGCAUUGAUGAUGGAAAGGAGUUUAUGAACAUGGUGACGAGAGCAAGGCAAGGGAUUCUAUCUACGGGUGUGACGAACGGCAGGUCUGAUCUCCCUAAAGGGGAUAGCUGAAGGUAAAGACUAUCAGGUGCUGUUCGGUAUAGCCAAAAGGUAUAAAAUGAGUAUCGCUUGC